UUGGCCGGAAUACAGUUUCCCUCGUCUCCCAUUGUGCUAUCUUCUUACGAAUAUGCCAUGAAGUAUUCGGCCCCCGGAGUCUUGAAUCACGUUUUGCGAAGUGCCGCUUUUUGCCUUCUCCUACAGAAGAAGAUACCUGAGUUUUCGAAGCUGGGCGAUGUGCUUGGCGCCGAGCUUGUUGUUGUCAGCUGUCUUCUCCACGAUCUCGCUUGUACCAAAACAAAGGGACUGGUGACGAAUACAAGACGUUUCGAGGUCGAAAGUGCCAACCUCGCUCGUGACUUCAUUGACACAAUCCCGGAUAAAGACGCCAAGUGGAGCAGGAAUGGCCGCCGCAUGCAGAUUAUCUGGGAUUCCAUUGCGCUGCAUACGAUGGAAACCUUGGCGCCAUGGAAGGAACCCGAAGUUGGGCUUGUCCACUACGGCAUUCAUGGCGACCUUCUUGGGCCAAACCUG